AUGGAGUUGGACAAGACACCUUUGACUUUUGACAGUUUUCCCACUCGCAGCUCGAUAUCCUUGACGACUCGUCCGCCAAAUUCCUAUGCCAACGAAAUUAUCGAUCAGUCGCAGUCCCACGACAGCGAAAAGGUGAUCGAAGUAUCACCAAAUGAACGUUAUAUCCGCUUAAACACCCUGCUCGGCAAAGGUGCCUACAAAGUCGUUUACAAGGCCAUUGAUCGAGAUGAAGGUUACGAAGUUGCUUGGAAUACCAUGCAGGCCAUGAAUGCUAAUGAUGGCAAAGAUUUGGAGCAUGAGAUUGAGAUUCUCAAAUCGGUGCGUCAUCCCAACAUCAUUGCAUUUCAUGAUGCUUGGUACGGUGAAAACGAGUUUGUGUUUAUUACCGAGUUAAUGACGUCAGGCACCCUCCGAGAAUAUAUUCGCAAGUUAUCGCCGUUGCCCAAUUUCAAGAUUGUCAAGCGCUGGUCACGCCAAAUUCUCAAAGGUUUAGCUUACUUGCAUGGUCACAGUCCACCCAUCAUCCAUCGUGACAUUAAAUGCGACAACAUCUUUAUCAAUGGCGCUCACGGUGAAGUGAAAAUCGGCGACAUGGGCACGGCUGAAAUGAAGCUGGGCAAAAAGUACACACUUAUUGGUACCCCGGAAUUCAUGGCCCCCGAAAUGUAUGAAGAGCAGGGUUACAACGAAAAGGUGGACAUUUACGCUUUUGGCAUGUGCUUGCUGGAGAUGGCAACAGGCGAAUAUCCCUAUGGGGAAUGUAAAAAUGCGGCUCAGAUCUACAAAAAGGUGUCGGCCGGUAUCAAGCCCGCGAGUCUGCAAAAAAUUACCAAUGAGGAAGUGCUCGGUGUCAUUAACAACUGCCUGGGUCCCGAGGAUCAACGAAUGAGUGCGCAAGAUAUCUUGGAACAUUCUUUCCUGGCCGUGGAACCGGAUGUCGUUUUAUUGACAACGGAUCCGAACCAUGUGCAUUUGACGCUGCAAGUCGUGUUCAAGGGCAUGGACAAACUGUCGGUCAAGUUCGACUUCAACGUGGAAACCGAUACCGCCGAGGAAGUUGUGCGAGAAAUGAUUGAGGAACAAGUGCUGCCGGAGCGAUAUCAGCACCACAUCACCAAGGAGAUCAAUCGUAUUCUAAGGGAUCUGGAUAAACUCAGUGAAUCCGAGCAUGCCGAAGAAGUGCGUCGGUCGGUGUGGCGGCGCGAGAAUGACGUGCAGUCAGAAUUGGCCAAGACUCAGAAAGAACUGGAACGAGCAACCGAACGGGUGGCUCAGAUUGAAGCUCGUUGUGAGGGGUACGAAGGGCUAGCAAGACAAGCAGAAGCACGGUAUCUUGAGGCGAUGCGAAGUCUUCGUGAAGCCGAUCAACUGAUGAAAAUGAACGACAUUCAAUCCAACAUCUCGCCUCCUCUGGCGGAAUUGGAACGGUUACGUCUGGCCGAUUCACCUUCAGCACCACAUGAGCAUGAUGUUUUUACUCCCGUAGCAACUGACACCGUCACUGACAUCAAAGACGUGAAUGCUGACGCCUGCGCCAAUUUAUCGCAUGAUGCUUUGGUAUCCCGUAUUCUAGAAGGUCCGUUAUAUUUUUUUUUUUUUGUACCAGAUCAAAUGAUGGGUCAGUGGGCUAACAUUAUUCAUUUUUUGUGUUUUGUAUAG